CAAAAAUGGAGCCCCCGGCCGUGCGAUCGCUUUGCGCCGACACACCCGCUCGCCAGUCGGGACUACCAGGCGACGGGAGCGCGCUUCUCUCGGCGAACAAACCUCGGCCAGACCGUCCGAAGCAGCGGUACACGGAUUCGCCGUCGUAGCCCGUCCUGAUUCAACAUGGAAGACCUGACCAAAGAGCAAGUGCAGAUGUUGCGCAAGGCGUUCGACAUGUUCGACCGCGACAAGAAGGGCUACGUGCACACCAACAUGGUGUCGGCGAUCCUGCGUACGCUGGGUCAGACCUUCGAGGAGAAGGACCUCAAGGAGCUCAUCUCCGAGAUUGACCAGGACGGCUCCGGCGAGCUGGAGUUCGACGAGUUCGUGGCGCUGGCCGCGCGUUUCCUGGUCGAGGAGGACAGCGAGGCCAUGCAGGAGGAGCUUCGCGAGGCCUUCCGGCUGUACGACAAGGAAGGCAACGGCUACAUCAACGUGUCCGACCUGCGCGAGAUCCUGCGCGCCCUGGACGACGCCCUCACCGAGGACGAGUUGGACGAAAUGAUCGCCGAGAUCGACACCGACGGCAGCGGAACCGUCGACUUCGACGAGUUCAUGGAGAUGAUGACCGGCGACUAGACCAACGGUCCGUGCUCCCCAUCGAAGCGCCACGGGGAUGGGCUUCACCAGAGAAAAAAAAAGGAGCUCCACCAACUCCUUCGACCAGAAGCGCGGAAACAACGAAAUAAAAGAAAGAAAAAAACGUUACUACACGAAGCGUCAGCGAAUGAAAGAGCUAGAUGGAGAGAGAGUGUGAGAGAGAUAUAAAGUUCUUCAAAAAAAAAAUUAAAAAAAGUAUAUAUACCCUAAAAAACCGCUAUCCGUGCCAGAAAGCGGAAGCGAAACCGCGAAUGCCCUAGGAUGCUGGCUUCGCGAUGACGUUGUUUUCAACUUUGUUUCCUCUAUUUACUUUAUACAGCGUUGGCUUAUCGCCGGUCAAAAUUUGUGUGUGUGUUCUCUCACUUAUUAGUAUGUUUAAAAGUUCAGCUGUAUACCGCGUCAGCGUGUUCAGUGGCAUACCGUUCGACUGACUAAGGAAACUCAGUGGACGAAAAAAAAAAAAAAAAACCUAGGAUGGUCAUACAGUGGUUGUAUAUACCUGUCCCUGUCAUCUAAAGAUGAAUUUUGUCACAUAAACUACGCGGCGCGUAGACAGAUGGCGUCCAAUGUAAGCGAACGAUGUUGUUUGAAAGCUAAUCACGAUAAAGAGAAGAGUAUUGGCCGGAUAUGCCAUAUAAUAAAUUCGUUUGUUUCUGUUUUUGGC